AUGGAGAUCUGCUUGUUGGGGUUUCUGGUUGGGUGUUUCCACCUGGAGCUCCUGGGGGCCGCUGGGAUCUUCCAGCAUCAACGGUCAGCCCCACCCAAGGCCAGGACUCCAAAAGCAAAGGAAUGGAUGCCUUCCUCCCCCUCCCCCUCCCCGCUUUCACCUUCUUCUUCUUCAGCUUCAACUUUCACUUGGGUGCCUACCCCUAACUUGGAUAAAACUGAUCCUGAUGGGUCAGAGGCGGCAGCGGCCUUCCUGUACUCUGGAAAGGCGCUGCACCUCUUGCAAGGCAACUGUACCCGGAGGUUUGAGGUGAGGGAUACAGGGAAGGCCUCUGGCCCUCCCCCAGCUUUGCGUUCCUACUUGCGCGGUGCUACCGAGACCCUGGCCCACGCCACCAAUUUCCUCAACAUGGUCUUCCAGACCAAUGACAUCCGGGAGUCCAGCGUGAAGGAAGACAUUGAGUGGUACCAUGCCUUGGUCCGAAGUGUUAUGGAUGGAGACCCCCAGGUUUACAGAGCUGUGCUGACCUUCGAUGCUCACCCGGUGUCUUCCAAGCCCCAGCUGAUGCUCCAGGCCACCAAGGAAAACAACGAGAUCUUGCUCCAAGACCUCUCGGCCUCUGCAGAAAGCUUGAGGAAUUUGACUUGGGAAAACGAGUGGUACAACUUUUUCCGUUUCCAGAGGGCCCCGUCGCUCUAUAAGAGGAUUCUCACCAACGACCUCAAGACCCUCGACACUCCCAAAUGGAGCCAGGGAGAUAGUUACGUGAUGGAUACCGGCCAUAUCAAGUGGUCGCCACCUUUCCUGGAAUGUGAAGAUGGGAAAUUCCUGCCCAACUGGAUGGUCACUCUCUCCUCUUCCUUCUACGGCCUCAAGCCUGAUCUAAAUCCAGAAUUCAAGGGAGUUCUGAGGAUGGAUGUUAGAAUCCAGAAGAUUGACAUAAACCAGUGUGCCAGUGGACAGGGAUGGUUUGCAAACACCCACCAGUGUGACCUCAACAGCACACAGUGCAUCCCGCAGGAAAACAAGGGUUUUGUUCUUGGAAAAUACCUUUGUCUAUGCAAACCAGGUUUCUACAGGGCAAGUAGAACUUUCUCGUCAUCUAACAACGCCUUCCAAACCACUAAUUUUUAACACGCUUCCUUUUGCAAUUCAUUCUCCCUGCCCGCAGGAGAAAGUGCUUCCCGGUACGGAGCAAAGGAUUCCGAGAGCCUGCUGGAAUGCCUCCCGUGCCACGAAGGAUGCAGCACCUGCACAGAUGGCACGCCUUGCCUGAUCCAGGAAGAUUGGUCCUUGCGGGCUGCCGUCUUGGCAUUCCAGGCCUUCUGCAUGCUGGCUGUUUUCUUCAGCAUGCUGGUCUCCUACCACUUCCGGAAGAGCAAGAGGAUUCGAGCUUCGGGAGUCAUUCUUCUGGAGAUGAUACUCUUCGGCUCGCUCCUGCUCUACUUUCCUGUGUUUAUCCUCUACUUCAAACCGAGCAUCUUCCGCUGCAUUGUUCUGCGCUGGGUGCGCAUGCUGGGUUUUGCCAUUGUCUAUGGAACCAUCACUCUCAAACUGUACAGGGUCUUGAAGGUCUUUCUCUCCCGUACGGCCCAGCGAGUUCCUUACAUGUCCAGCGGCCGGGUGCUGAAGAUGCUGGCCUUGAUUCUGCUCUUGGUGCUUUGGUUCUUAGCAGCCUGGACUGUCGGGAUGCUGGAGAACAUAGAAAAGAAGAUCCCGCUAGUGGUCCGCUCCCAGACCACCAGGGGGCUCCAGUUUUACAUCUGUGACCACGACCGCUGGGACUACAUGAUGGUUGUGGCCGAGAUGCUGUUCCUGUUCUGGGGAAGUUUUCUCUGCUAUGCCACUCGGACGGUCCCUUCUGCUUUCCACGAGCCUCGCUACAUGGGCAUCGCCCUCCACAACGAGCUGAUAACUUCUGCUGCCUUUCAUGUCGUCAGGUUUUUCAUGGUUCCUUCCUUGCACCCCGACUGGACACUUCUGCUGUUUUUUAUUCAUACACAUGUCACCACCACCAUGACGCUUGCACUUCUUUUCAUCCCAAAGUUCCUGCAUGCAGGAUCGCCCUUGCGGGAGGAAAUUGCUGCCGAGGUGUAUGAGGACGAGCUGGACCUGAGGCGAUCGGGCUCCUACCUGAACAGCAGCAUCACGUCAGCCUGGAGCGAGCACAGCCUCGACCCCGAUGACAUUCGGGAUGAACUGAAAAAGCUUUACACGCAACUUGAGGUUCACAAGACCAAGAAGAUGACGGCCAACAACCCUCAUCUUCAGAAGAAGAGAAGUUCCAAGCGGGGCCUGGGCCGCUCCCUCAUGAGGCGCAUCACCGAGAUCCCCGAGUCGAUGUCCCGGCAGCACAGCAAAGAGGAGAGAGACGGGUCUGUGGGGGGAGGGAGCCGCUCCGGGUCCUGCAAGCGCAGGCCCUUGGAUUCCGGCAGCUCGAGCAUGAAACUGAAAGAGGACUCCUCUUCCAGACACAAGGCGGCCUCCUCGCUGAAGAAGUCCCACAGCACUUACGAGCACGUGAGGGAUGCCAAGGAGAACAGCUUACCAGCCAGGCACGACAGUUGCAAAGAAGCUCCUUUGCUCGACUCGCUGAUGAGGAAAAAGCUAGCCAAGAAAGCCUCGGAGAGGUCCAACAGCGACUCUCUCGACGACUCGGCCCCUCUGGUCUACAAGUCGGCCAGCGCUCACAACCUGACGGCGGAUAAGAAGCCUCUGCACCCCAGGCCUUCCCCUCUGCAGAAAUCCCUCAGUGUCGUCACCAGCGCCAAAGAGAAAGCCUUGCUCCUCACCAGCAGGGCCUACUUGGAAGACAGCGGCAAGCUAGCCCAAGACAAAGGGAGCAAAGCAGCUGUGGAAAGUGACUCUGCAAUGGAAAGUGACGUCUCCGGGCACACAGAGGUUACUGAUCUGGCCUCAGAGGUGGCAAUGAAACAGCUCCAGAGGGACGAUACCUCAGAGGGAACUGUGAGCUCCCUCAUGGAAGACAGCAGCUCCGGCAGAGAAGCUGUGACAGCCCCCUUGACGCCCUUGGAAAGUAGAUCCCAGAAGCAUGUCACGUACGCGUCCGUCAGAAGCAUCAGCGUCAACACCUCUGAUUUGCUUGGGAAGAGGCACCCGAUCAGCAAGAAGACACCCCCUGAACCACCUGUAAGGCAGCAAAGUUUGGUUCACAGCCUCAAAAGAAAAGAUUCUGCUCCUCAGGAUGGCCUGGACCAAAUGCAUCCUUCCUCUGAGCCCUGCCCAAGUGAUCUCAAAGACGGACCCAUGCUGGCAAACAUAUGUCCAUGGGAAACAGAGGCGCCUCUGGCAAAGGCUGAGGCAGAAAGGACUAGGCAGGCUGAAGGUGCCGUUCCAUUUUCUUCCCCGGUGGCACUAAACAGGCUGGCCUCCAUGGCUGCAGAAGUCUGCCCUUGGGAAGUCAUGGAAGUGCCCGUCCCGAGCAAAAAGGACCCUGAGACAAGCGAGUCAGACAGCCAGAAGAGUUCUCCUGAGAAACAGCCCCAAACAUCCAUUUCCAAGAGCUCCAUGAAAGGCUUAGGCAUGGCCAUCAAAGCGUUCAACCGGUCAAGGAUAAAGACAAGCAUAAGGGCAAGGAAGGAUGCCGAAGAAAGCCAGAAGAAAAAUGAGAAGGAUGCCAACGGAAAGAGCGAGAAGCCCAAGUUGGCAGGGACAGCCUCAGUGUCUGCCGGAGGAGGGUCACCAAGGCAACAGGUGAUUGCAGAGACCAGGACAAAGGUAGUCAGCAAGCAAGCAACCAUCUGUCCUUGGGACGAGGAGGAGGAGGAAGAGGCCCUUCCGAGCACUAAGAAUAGUCCAAACAAAGCGCUGGAGGUCUGUCCUUGGGAGGUCAGCCAAGGUAGCCUCGUGCAGGGCAAAGAGAGCAGCACAGAAGCAAUAGGUUCCCAAGGUGCUGGAGAGAUACACCCUAGCAGGCUGGAAAGAAGCAAGAGCCAACGGGAAUCUGUGUGCCCCUGGGAGAGUGUGGAGGAGGAUCAAAAGCCAGAGGGCAAAACUGCUACCACUCCCUCUCUAGUGGUUUCCAAGGCCAACAGCAAAAAGGCAGAUGGGGGUCCUUGGGCAGUGGCUGAGAUCCCAGCCAGCACGAAAGCCGACCAACCAUUCUGGGGGACCAGCAGUGCCUUGACAGAGGACAAGGCAGUAAUAGAGGACAGAGGGAAGCCUUCUGAUGAGCCCAAGAAAGGAACAUCUUUGAGAGAGGCUCUUCCAAGUGAACCCCAAGAGAAGGCGAGUGGCCAGACUGAUUCCAGAGGUAUCAAGGAGCCCUCUCCGGGAACAGAGAUUGAGAAGACCCUGGACCUGUCCAAGGGAGACCAAAAGAAACCUGAGAGCGUUGAGAGCAGGAGGUCACAGGUUAGUCCUUGGGAAUCCGAGGAGGUCGGCAUCAGUGUUAAAACACAGAUCUGCCCUUGGGAAAUGGAAGAACUUCCAUCACAGAUAAAGACAUCUCGGGAGGACAACGAAGGAUCCUCCAAAGAGACAAAGAGCACCACCCUGCUAAGACCAGCAGCAGGGAAAGAAGCCAGCCGCCAAGAAGACUCUGUUUGCCCCUGGGAGCCCAUAGAAUUGCCAGGGGGGAAAGAUGCUCAAUGUGGAGCAACUCUGAGGAAAUCUGACAGCGGUGCAAACGUCAAAGCGGCAAUAUGCCCUUGGGAGAUGAGCGAUGCAGCAUCGGAGGAAGUGUGUGGAGUUUCAGGAGAAGGCGCCAAAGGGGCUGAAGGCAAAAAGAUCAAAAGUCCGCUGUCCAAGAACAGGAAACUGGGGAGAGACAGCAGCCCUCAAGGCGCUGUUUGCCCUUGGGAGGACGCAGGUGCUGAAGGCUCUUCUGCAAAACCUGCCACCCAAACACAAGGACCACCCAAAGCAGCUCUGAAGACAUCAAGCAGUGGGGAGGGUAAAAAACCGGAGGUCUGCCCUUGGGAAACUGAGGCCGCCGCAGUGUGUCCCUGGGAAGCAGCUGCACCUCCGUUAGAAAAAGGACCAAACUGGGCUGAAGGAGAACCUUCAAAUGGUAUUAUAUUGCAAGCACCAUAUCCCUUUAAAACACCUGAGGACAACAUACAGCGCGGCUCUGUCUGUCCUUGGGAGGACGUGGAAUUGGAGGAUGCUUUGCUAAAGCCCUGUGCAAAAGCCUUAGACCCAAGUAAUGUCAGCUCAAAGAAGUCAGACAGCUUCCAGAGCAAAAAGGCAGAGAUUGCUCCCUGGGAAGCACAAGAGGCAGAAGCAGGUAUUAGAACAGCAAGCACAGUCUCCAAAAAGGAGAAAACAGGACCUAGAGAUGCAGCACCAGAGAAAGGAAGCAGCGGGAAUAGAGAGCCAGUCUGCCCGUGGGAGAGCACAGGUAGGGAAGUUUCACUUGCCCAACCUAAGCUCAAGAGCCUGGAUCUGUCCAAAGGCAGCUCGAAACUGGACCGUGUGGAAAGCCAAAAGGCAGAAAUUUGUCCGUGGGAAACUGCAAGCGCUGAUGUUGGUGCUAAAGCAGAAAUUUGCCCCUGGGAAGUGCCUGCAGCUCAAUCAGAAAGAAGGUCCUCAAAGCAAGAUGCCAAUGGGGCAGCCAAGAAGGUUGGAGACGCCAUGUCUAAACCGCUGGAGAAGGCAAGCAGUCCACGAGAAUCUGUCUGUCCUUGGGAGACCGUGGACACCGAUGACCAGUCAACCAGGCCCAGUGCUAAAAGUCCGGGCCCAUCUAAAGCCGGCUCUAAAAAAUCCAUUAGCGUUGAAAGCCUUAAGGUGGAGGUGUGUCCCUGGGAAAGUCAGGAAGCAGAAGCCAGCCCUAAGGCAGAUGUGUGCCCAUGGGAGAUGCCUUCAAGUCCGGUAGACAAGAGACCAUCGCCAGAGGGUGCUGGGGUUCGUGAGAGCCAGAGGGCUGCCCCACUGAACCAAGCAGGUGCUUCUAAAACAACAGAGAAGGUGAGAAGCGCUCGAGAGCCUGCCUGUCCCUGGGACAGCGCAGAAGCACCCAGUGAACUCUCUGCUCAACCUGAAGGGUCCAAAAUCCCUUCCAAGAAAUCAGACAGCGUUGAGAGCUUAAAAGCAGAGGUCUGUCCUUGGGAAGUAGCUGAAGGAAGUGUGGUGAGGAAGGAGGAGGAGGGUGGGGUCGCCAAAGGGAAAGAUGGCAGCAGGAGCCCUUCCCCACGGGUUUUAUGGAAGCCAAUGGAGGAGCUAAGUAGCUCGCGAGAGGACAUCUGUCCAUGGGAGAGCAUGGAGCUUGAUGAACCUUCAGGAAGGUCUGGAGGCCAAAGCCCAGCCCUAUCCAAAGCUGGAUCAAGGAAAUCAGACAGCGCUGAAAGUCUACAGGCGGAGGUUUGUCCAUGGGAGACGGCAGAAGAGGAAGCAAGCAGCACGAUGGAUAUCUGCCCAUGGUCUGUAGCCACAGCCCCAUUUGAAAAAGGGAAGGGAAGGGGGAGGCCACUUGAGACUUCCCAGGGGAAGAAAGGCAAGGCACAAAGAAGUCCAGACUCAAAGAAAGCUGGAGGAGAAACAUUGAAGAAGAUAGAGAAGUCAAAAAGCCACCAGGAGUAUGGUGCCACCCGGGAGAGUAUGGACUUUGAGAAACCACCUGCCAAAAGCACCCGAAGUCUAGAUCUGUUGCAGGUCAGGACAGAAGAAACCAGCCCUCGAGAAUCCAUCUGUCCUUGGGAGAGUGUGGAACUGUCCAGCAGCAAAAGUCCAGACCUGUCCCGAGCUAGCUCAAAUAAUUCAAGCAGCGCCGAAAGCUUGAGGGCAGAGGUGUGUCCUUGGGAAGUUGAGGACGAGGAAUCUAGUGGCAAGACUGAGAUGUUCCCCGUGAAAACAACGCCAGCGCCAAUCGCUGGAGAGGCAUCAAUGCAAGAUGCAAAGGGAGCGUCAAAGGUCAAAGCCCCUACUACUCCAGGUUUGAAGACAGCCGGGGGAGAAAUUGCCUCUAAGAAGAUAGAGAAGACUCAUAGCCAUCAAGGGUUUUCUUACCCUCAGAAAACUGGCGACGAAUUCUCAGUGAAAGGGAGUAAGAGCCUAGAUCUGUCCAAGGUUGGCUCCAUGAAAUCAGAGAGUGUGGAAAGUCUAAAAGCUGAGGUUUGCCCAUGGGAGACCCAGGAUUUUGGAUCUCCUGCCCAUGUUGAAGUGUGCCCAUGGGACCUGGCUGGGGCGCUGCUCGAGAAAGAGACAUUGAGUAAGGAUGUGGGUGCCGUUUCAAAGGGGGGUAUGACAGCAGGUUCAAAAGGCCCCGAAAAAUCACCAAAACCUCUGGAAAAAGGGACAAGCUUUCGAGAAAACAUCUGUCCAUGGGAGAGCACGGACGCUGCGGAAAUCUCGAUCGCAAGCGCUCCUGCCACCGCUGCCUCCAAGAAGCCCGGCAGCACUGAAAGCAGGAAGGCGGAAGUCUGCCCUUGGGAAACAGAUCAGCCGGAAGCAUCCGCUAAAGAAGACGUUUGUCCGUGGGAAGCAGGAACGCUGUUGCCUACCGAGAAUGAAAGACACACGACACACUCUGGUGGGACGGAGAAGGCAACAGCCAGCAUGAAGAGCUCCCAGAGCAAAGAGGCUGACCUGGCUGGACACAAGCCUUUGUGUCGCAGUCUUCCGCCCCAAGGUCUAAGCAAAGGCAGCAGCAGCCCACUUGUGGGUACACCAGCGAGAAGCCAAGGUGACCGCCCUGUGGCUGAUGUCUGCCCUUGGGAAGCGGAGGGGGACUCCGUAUCAACCGGGGGAGAGACUGCUGAAAUCAGCAAAAGCUUCUCUGAGGUGUGUCCCUGGGAUGAUCCGAGCCCUGCUGCUGCUGCCGCCGCCACUUCAGUGAACAGCAAAGCAGGGGAGAAGCCUCGGGCGGGCGAGGCGGAGGGUCCCCCCAGCAAAGCCAAAUCAGACAUCUGUCCCUGGGACUGUGACUGA